GCGACAUCUCUACUUAUCCGUUCUGCUCACUGCUCCUUCUGCUCAGAUUCUGCUUUUCAUCAGUGGUUUAUAACUGGUUUAUAAUAAUAAUUAUUGAACAUUUCGGAAAAUAGUUUUGUGUUUAUUCAUCGGAAAUAAUGUCUCCGGCGAUCAAAGCAAAAUCGUCUCUGAAAGGUUCUCCCCAAGAGAGAUCCACUUUCAUGCAAAUGAUUGUUCUCACUUUGAACGAAGCCCUAGAGGAUCUUCCCAAACGCAAGGGAAUCUCCGUAAAAAGCCUAAAAACGAAAAUUUCCGAAAAAUUUUCCGUUUCGGAGAACGCUAUGCGAUUUCGCAUCAACCGUAAUAUUCACCAGGCGCUGGACGAGAAGGUGUUGGUGUCCACCAAAGGAAACGGUCUCAACGGAUCGGUUCGGUAUCAUAGCGACUUCGUCAGGGCGCUCGAGAGAUUGGACGACCCUUCGGAUGAGAAGGAGCUCUUGAAAAUAUUGACAAGAUACCGGAGCAAAUACCAUGCCGCAUCAGAUGACGGCGAUGAUGAUAAUGACAAGGUUUCUGGCGCAGUGGAGAAGAAGAGACCAAAGGCCACCAAAGCUGCUAAAGACACUCUGAAGAAAAGUGAGCCGAUGGUCACUUCCAAGUCGAAGAAAGCCACAGAGGAAUCUGCCAAAAUGUCCGGAAAAGCAAGUAAGAGGCGUUCAGUAGAAAAGUUGUCGGGAGAACCCGCACCCAAAAAGUAGUUUUGUUUUUCUUUUCACCGUUCCGAUUGCUCAUUAAAUUGAGCUAAAAUCGUGAGCAAGCUUUUCUUUUUUGUUUCAGUAUUUAAGACAUAUUUUCUUUGUUUUUAUAAUGAUUUAAUUGUCAUUAAAAAUAACUACUUAUGAGAUUAGUUAUGAAUAUAUUGACUGUUAAUUUGCCUUUUAUAGUUAAAUAAAAGAUAAAUAAAAAAAUAAUUUCAAAAGAUCAUUA